AUGAGUUCAAAAAAAAGAAAGUUCGACAGCCGUUAUCUUCAAUAUAGAUUUACUGAUGCGACGGAAAAUGGUCAGGUCGUAGCAAAAUGCGUCAUAUGCCUCCAAAGCUUGAGUAAUGACGCUCUGAGGCCAAGUCGGCUGCAGCGUCAUCUUCGAACCAAACACAGUUCUCUUCAGAACAAGCCGUUGGCUUUCUUCCAGACCAGAGAAGAGUCUUUCAAGAAAAUGAAGAUUGUGGGUGAAGAGAGCUUUCGCCAAUCCUCAUCUGCUGAAGUAGUUGAAGCGUCUUACGAGAUAGCUAAUAUGAUUGCUCGUGCAAAGAAACCCCACAAUAUUGGUGAAACCUUGAAUCAAACCAUGCAUGCUAAAAGCAGCCAGCCUUUUGUUGGGAGAGAAAAACAGCAAAAAGCCAACGAAUAUUUCUCUAUCCGAUUCCACCAUGAAAACGCGCAUUGA